AUGGAUAGAGUCAAGAUAAACUAUUUGUUUUCUUCUUUUAUUCUCGUCUUUUUGAUCGUAGUUCCAAUAGUUGCAGCAGAAUGUGAGGGAGAAAACGAAGAUCGUAACACAGCUAAAUCUUUGAGAUACAAAAUAAUAGCUUUGGUAUCGAUCUUAAUAGCGAGUGCAAUUGGAGUGUGUAUUCCUCUUCUGAGAAGAGUGAUACCCGCUUUAAGUCCCGAGAAAAAUAUUUUCGUCUUGAUAAAGGCUCUUGCAGCGGGCGUAAUUCUGGCAACUGGGUUCAUCCACGUGUUACCCGAUGCUUUUGAGAAUCUGACCUCACCUUGCUUGAAGGAGCAUCCAUGGGGAGAUUUUCCUUUCACUGGCUUUGUUGCAAUGUGCACUGCCAUGGGGACUCUCAUGCUGGAUACAUAUGCCACUGCUUAUUUUCAGAAACACCAUUCCAAUGGAGUACAGACUGAGAGUGAAGAUGUGGAGAGAGAGACAGGGUACGAGGGGCAUGUGGUGUAA